AUGGCAGGGGACACAGCUGCUCCAUCUGUUGCUUCUAGAGGCGCGGUGGCCAAGGCUGACCCUGGUUCCGUCUCUCCACCCUGCCGCCCCAGGAGCCAGAUGGCUGCGCAGACCUCACCCCGCAGUGAUGUCCCAGUGUGUGGGGUGAAGGAGGAGGAGAAGAGGGGGCUCAGUGAGACGCGAGACUGGAGGGGCAAUGUGGGCAGAGCCCCCGGCCCUGUUGGGCAUCAUCCCACCACUUGGAGGACAGGUAAGGAUGGGCGUCACACCUGGGGGGGGUCCCAGGAGGUUCUCCCCGAGGAAGCAGCUUGGGCCAGAACAGCAGGUGCCGACCUUCUCUGCAGAAGCUGCCUUGGAUGUGGCUGGGAGUGUAACCACCCGCUCGGCCCUGGGGCUCGGCAGGGCGAGGGGAGGGCCCAGUGGACACAGCUCGGAUUCAGGCAGGAAACCGGCUCUGAAUGCAGGAGGGUCUGA